AAUAAGUGAACACGCUCACGUAUACGAGAACACUGGUCUGCUCACCCCUAAAUGCUUAUCCAUCAACUGACAACGCCGGAAAUCUUUAUGCGCAAAGUGCACCACACAGUGUUUUGUCGUUGUUGUGAUAUUCAGUACCGCUUUUUCUGUGGAGACCGUGUCAUAUGUGCCGUGUGAGCUAUUUCGCAUUUCUUGAACCUUUGUCAUUCUGCGUUUAAAGGAGAGUGAGAAUUUCACGGAGCGGGAGACUGCAAGUAUUCUGAGGGUAAAACUCACUCACGCUUCAGUUCCUCCAUCCGAAGUUCACGGUGGGACGCGAGGAAUUCGUCGUCGUCGCGUUCCAACUCCGCGAAGAGGGAAUCAUUGUCGGAAUCAGAAUCAGCUGUGGUUGUGUUCAUUUUUGUUCACACUUUUUGGUUGAUCGCAAGCAGAAUUAAUUGGGGACGGGUGUGUUGGUGGUGAAAGGGCAGGGGGGGAGGAUCACGCAGGUCCACUACGGUAGUCGUGGCAACACUUUGUGUCACCAACUCUUUACUAGGUGGGAUGUCGGAUUUGCCCCAACUUUGUUUACCUGUUUAUUGCUGCAAUGGCAUCCCAAUCUGGAGCCGCAGCGGGUGCCGCACCCGGCAGCCGACGAACGCACUUUGUGAUUGGCACCCGCGAAUCUCAGCUCGCUAUGGUCCAAGCGGAAUUUGUCCUAAACCGUCUACGGAACAUGCACCCUCAAUACACCUUUGCCAUCUACGGCAUGACAACCAAAGGCGACAAAAUUCAGGACACUGCCCUGUCGAAGAUUGGUUCAAAGUCCCUCUUCACAAAGGAGCUGGAGGUAGCUUUGGCCGAAGGCACUGUGGAUCUUGUCGUACACUCCCUCAAAGACUUGCAAACCGUGCUGCCCGAGGGAAUGUGCCUUGGCGCCAUAACGGAGAGAGAGGACCCCAGGGAUGCCUUGGUUCUGUCAUUGAAAAGUCAAUCUGAGGGCCUAAAACAGCUUUCCGAUUUGAAGGAGGGCAGUAUAGUUGGAUCUAGCUCAGUCCGACGCAUAGCGCAACUGAAGCGUCGAUUUCCACACCUUGUCUUUCAAGAUGUUCGAGGUAAUUUGAAUACUCGGCUAAGCAAGCUGGAUGCACCUGAAGGGCCCUACGCGGCUAUCCUUCUUGCCUACGCGGGUUUGCACCGAUUAGGCUGGGAUGACCGUAUUUCACAAGUACUGGGCCCCGAAACAAUCUUGCAUGCUGUGGGGCAAGGGGCUCUUGGGAUCGAAUGCAGAGGGGAUGACGCAGAAACGUUAGAAUUGCUUCAACCGCUAGACCACUGGGAAACACGUCUAAGAUGUACAGCGGAGCGGGCGUUCAUGCGGUUCUUAGAGGGUGGAUGCAGUGUGCCGCUUGGCGUGUCAACAAAGUACGCGGGCGGCGGGGAGCUUUUAAUGACUGGCUCCGUAUCUAGCUUGGAUGGGACGGUGGAGAUUCGUGAAGAGGAUAAGUGUAUUAUUGAAGGGCGAACUCGGGAAGAAGACUUGAAAGCCGCGGAAGCACUAGGAGAGCGACUUGGGGCGGCAUUGGUGGCCAAGGGCGCUCGAGAGAUCUUGGAAGAGAUCAAGGCGAAGAGGGUUGUCUUGGUUGACUAGCGAGCGGUAUGACACUGAUACAAAAUUCAUUUCACUAAAAUAGACGUCACAAACAUAUCCAGUUCUUUUGGUUUCUUCCAGAUCAAAAAAAACCAGGUUUGAAGCAACCAAAUACAAUAUGAAUAACUACUGUCUAAUCUUCUAUGCAAUACUCGG